CGCCACAACUCGCGUGCGAGUAAUUGCAUCGAUGUCGGCCAUUGUUCGGAUUUAACGGAAGGUGGGGUACAGAAAUAUAAACAAAAAAUAUGGUUCUUUCAGAAGACGGAGAGGAUAAGUUGGAGGAGAGGUAUGACGAAUUAUGCCUUGAUCUCAACAUGGACAAGAAAACGAAGGAAGAAGCGUGGAAAAAUUACGAGAAAAUUAAGAAAAACUACACACUAGAGGGUGACCAGAUCCAUUGGCUAGCAUGUGCUUUGUACGAGGCUUGCAGGAGGACCGUUGUACCAACUGUUGGGAGAGGCACUGUCGAGGGAAACUGUGUUUCACUUACAAGACUACUUAGAUCAUCAAAGUUUAGUUUGAUACAGUUCUUCAGCAAAAUGAAGAAAUGGUCGGACAUGGCCAGUCUGUCACAAGAGUUCCGGGACAAAGUGGAAAGAUUGGAAAGAAAUUUUGCAGUUUCAACUGUGAUAUUUAAAAAGUUUGAACCAAUUUUUCUGGACAUUUUCAAAAGUCCAGCAGACGAAGCUCCUCGGCAGCCUAGGAGUAGAAAACAAAGGAAGUUGCCGUGUUCACUUGUUGAGGUUUUCAACUUCUGCUGGACAAUGUUUGUACAAGUAAAAGGUAAUUUCCCAGCUAUUAGUGAUGAUUUGGUGAACUCAUACCACUUGUUAUUGUGCAAUAUAGACUGGUUUUAUACCAAUGCCCUCCUUGGAGGAAGAAAAGAUCUCCUUAAUCCAGAUUUCUCAGGGUUACCAGAAGGGUUUCAUUCCCGAGACUGGAAGCCCCCGUCGGAGCCCCCUUGUAUUAUGAAGCAUUUAUGUGAUAAACAUGAAGGUCUUGAGAUAGAGGCCAAAGUGAUAAAAGAACACUGGUGGAAGCCACAUUUGAAAAAGCUGUUUGAUAAAAAGGUUUUGAAAGGCAAGGCUGACACCCUGUCAUCAGUCUUGGAGAUUGGAAACUUUGAAGCGAACAAUGACGCUAUAAAUGAAGCGUACAACGAGUACCCACUUGCAUACAGCAGAAAAGCAGUAAACAAUGCAUAUGAGGAGUAUGUGCUUAGUGUCGGUGACUUUGAUGAGCGAAUAUUCCUGGACGAUGAUGCAGAGGAGGAGAUUGGUACUCCGGCAAAGUCCAGGGAAGAUGUAACUGGAGAAUUAACAGAAAGAAUGCAACAGAGGACCAGUCUACAGCAGCAUGUGGAUCAGACUCGAAGCCUAGCCCCGUCAACGCCUCUAACAGGUAGGCGAUACCUGAAGGAGAAAGAUCCUACAAUAACACCGGUUUCAACGGCAACACAGAGUGUCAGUAGAUUGCAGCAUUUACUCUCAGGAAGAAAAACAGCACCCAGUGAUACAUUACAAGAAAUACUGACAGAGCUGGGUGGUGAGGCAUUGAUGGAAACGAUUACACAGAGGGUUCGGGAUAUGGGAGAAAUCUUCUGUAAUAAUUAUGUCCAGGCUUCAGAAAAUCACCCCGGUAGUCAGCUAGACUUUGCUAAACGUAGACUCCAGCUUGGCGAAAGUUUGUACUAUAAAACAUUGGAGGGUAUACUGUCGGGAGAAAGGAAAAGAACAGAGAACUGUAAAGAUCAUAAAAGCAAUAUUACUGGUUUGUUGGAGCAUGACUUGUUUCACAGGUCGUUGUUUGCUUGCUGUCUAGAGAUUAUAAUCUUCUCAUACAAUUCUCAGAGAAUGUUCCCAUGGAUUGUUGAUAUAUUUGAUUUAAGCCCGUACCAUUUCUACAAGGUGAUAGAGAUAAUAGUGAGAGAGGAGGAGGGAUUGUCACGUGAUGUCGUCAAACAUCUUAAUCAUGUAGAGGAAUGUAUAUUAGAGAGUUUGGCAUGGAGAAGUGACUCUCCUGUCUGGGAGGCAAUAAAGUCACAGAACUCUGAUAUUCCACUCUCAGCAGAGGUAUCUUUACCUGCACAUUCAGAUCAGUCAAGAUUAAGCUUACGGCGGAUUGUCCUGGACAAACAAACUACAAAAGAUCCAUUACUGUCGCCAACUGGACCAUCUGCAGCGGACAGAUUUAGCUCCCCUUCACCAGGCAGCGCAAAACGCCGGCUAUUUUCCGGAGAAACAACCUCUUCUAGCAAUGCAACAGUGGCACAGUUGAAGCCGGGUACAAUUACAUCUCUAGCAGCCCAACUGAAUUCUGUGACUUCUGAUGGGAAAACUGUUCAAGCCACACCUAAACAGACACAACACCUUGUUGCCUUCCAACAGGUCAUUACUCAAGAUGGUAGACAGGUGCUGAUUCCUGUCCAGACACAGGUGCUGACCCCACAGGCAACUCCUAGAGUACAGGUGUCAGAGGAAAGUAGUACACAAGGUAAUACUGGAGUGGCUACAACACAGGCCUCUGCUCAGACAGCAACACAAACAACUACACAUAAACCUACAUACAAAGGUGGAUCCCUUUCACUGUUCUUCAGAAAGGUUUAUCAUUUGGCGCAUGUACGAUUACGAGACCUAUGUGACAGGUUAGACAUUGAUGAUGAGGACCUUCACAGAAAAAUCUGGACCUGUCUGGAAUAUGUCAUCGUACAUCAUACAGAAUUGUUAAAGGAUCGCCAUCUUGAUCAGAUAAUCAUGUGCUCUGUCUAUGUUAUUUCAAAGGUGACAGACAAAUCCCAGUCUUUCCAAAACAUUAUGAAGUGCUAUAGAUUGCAACCUCAAGCACAAAGCCAUGUGUAUAGAAGCGUGUUACUAUCAAGUAGAUACCGGCACACCUCAGGAAGUAGUGACGGUAGUCGAGCAGAGGCCAGUGGUACCUCAUCACCUGUAAACGGUGACAAAGAGGAAAACAAAGAAAAAAAAACAGUGCCAAUGCGUUCAUCAAGUACGCUGCCUGUGCCACACCCCAGCAGUCAUCCACCGACGCCGACAAGGAUGGUCGGCACAGGAUCAAACUUCGAAUUUGGAGAAGAAAGAGGUGAUCUCAUACAAUUCUAUAAUCAGGUUUUUAUCACACAAAUGCGAGGAUUUGCCUUAAGGUUUUCAGCAAGUCAGAAUGGAGAUGCUCCACCACUAUCUCCACUACCGGCAACAAGAUGUCAUACAACUUCUCCACGGCGUGUAUCCAGCAAACAUUCUGUAUACAUCUCGCCACACAAAUCUUGGGGAUCAUCGCCUAAGUUACCAGACAAGAGAAUGUUGUACUGCUUCAACAGAAGUCCUUCUAAGAGUUUAAAAGCAAUCAACAACAUGAUCCGAAUGAAGAGUGAAAAUAGACUGGAAUUUUCUGGGAAACGUACUUUACAAAUAGACUCUAAUGAAGAGCCAGCUGUAUCCCCGAAGAGAAUUAGCUUGUUCCAUAAACGUCUUCAGGACGUCACUUCGGACAGACAAGAACAAGCCACAAAAGUGGUUAUUGUGAAAUAAAAUUGUGGUUGUUAAAAAUGAUACAGACUGCUGGGCAGGACUCUGAAAGUGAUGUUUAUAUUAAAAGUGGCAUUGUUUACGGAAAAUUGAAACAAUUUGAUUGAUUUAUUUAUGAUUUUUUAUAUGAAAUAUUCUUCAUGGAAUAUUUAGAUUUUAAAAAGAAACACAUACAACCCAGAAAGUUGAUGUUUGGACACGUUCUGAAGUAACGAUACAUCAUUUAAUAAGCACCUUUAUUUGAGGGAACCAGUCAAUUGUGAUAGUUAGAUGAUUAUAGAGUAUUCGAUCAGUCAAUAAUAGGCUAGGAUAGAAAACCAGAGGAAGUAACAAAGGAAAAUAAUUUUGAAUGAGGACAGAUAUUUUUUGCAUAAAGUGAACAUGAACUCCUUUUGAUAGCUGAAGACACCAAAUGUGGAAAAUGCUUAUUUUAGAGAACGAUCAUUUCAGAUUUCACGCGACAAACAUUACAAGUUGUAUUAGACUUUCUUGAAGGAGAAAACUGUUGAGAACUUUUUGAAACAACUGUAAAGAGAGUGUUUAGAAGUUACGUAAGGGAUGUCAAGUGAACGUCAUGAGAUACAAAUGAAAGUUUAUGUGACCAUUAGUAGAUACUGGCUCAUUUUAGGGCUAAUCUUGCAUUUGGGGUACAUGGUGAGAGUCUCUCUAAAUAAAAUAAAAUAAAUAUUUUAACAUUCAAUUUGCUUGAGUAUUUGUGUGUAAACUCCAGAUGACUUGUAAAAAAGCAAUCAGGCAGGCUUACAGAAAGUAUGUUGUUCUAGGACGGGUACCCAAUCAUGCCUAAAAUAAUGCCUGAUUAGACGAUUGUAGAAUCUUCCUCAACCAUUGAAGCUAAAAAGUCACCAUGUGACCUCAAGUCAGAUAAAGUUAUCUGUCUUUAAUAGCUGUUAAACUCUUAAUUCAUCAUAAACCCAUCAGUUUGUCCAAGUAGAGAGUCUUUGGCUAGAACAGAUAUGUUGUUUGGGUAUGUUUCAUGAAUUUCUUUGUUAAGACUGUUCUUCACUGGACAGUAUACAUUAUGUUAUGCUCUGUAACAUUUAAUGGGUCUUAAAACUAAUAGAAAAUGGAAGAUUUGCUGUCUGUUCUACAGUCUGUUAGGUAUUUUCUAAAUUUGUGUAAUAUACAUAUUUUCAAACUCGUUUAGAAGUUUAUUUUACUUAACAUUAAAUUCAUGUCAUUUUAAAGCAGAAGGAAUAUUUCAAAUGAUCAGGGAAUUGGUUCAGUGUAUUGUGCAAGCAUAGAAUCUGUUAAAUAUAUUAAGGGGAAAAAUACACAUCUCAAUCCUUAGAAGUAGGUCGUAAGUGCUAUUUUGAAAAAUUCUGUAGGCUUACAAUCUACUUCAAAGCUGUUGGUUUGUGAAUGUUGUUUUCUGAGAUUGUGAUAUUUUAACAAAACGACAAGGUUAUGUGUAAAAUAAAAUUGCAAUUUUAUGUAGUGGAAUCCAAUCUGGAAUUGAAUAUGUUUUCACAAUAGACUGUAUCUAAUAAAAGAAGUUUGAUCUCAAGACUGCCAGUAUCCAGGGUUAUCAAACUGAGUUUGGAGUCCAGUCUCAAAACUCCAGAGUACCUGAUUGGUUGUUUCUAGAGUACAGUUUUGAUAUUGACCAGUCACAAAAUUGCACUCUGAGACUGAUUUUCAGACUAAAGUUUUUUUACCUUGGGGCCAGGUGUCACCUGUUUUACAACAUUUUUAAACAUAUUUUGCAAAUUUUAUUUCAUCUUGUGCAUAUAUCACAUCAUAGCUAUUCUUUUUAAUGUUACCAUGUUUAAAUGUAAAGGUUUCAGCACUUGUAGAUUUUUCACUAGGCAGCACUUGAACUUUUUUUCAAUACUUUUAAAUAAAAAUGUAUUUUCUUAUCAUCAUGAAUUUGAAUAAUUGAUUGUGCUCAGUUGACUAUUAGUCUAAAUGUCUUUAGUUGAAAACCUCAUUUAAGCUGUGAGUGACAUAUUUGUUUUGAAAUGGUGUUCUGUUAGGUAUAAAUUACUUUUAAUCUAAAACAGUAUAACAAUCUGACAGAAUAGCAAGCAAAAUACAGAAGAAAAUAACUUAGAUUUUAUCUUAACGCUGUUAUACUCUGCAUAUAUGUUAGGAAAUCCAAUGCAUAUUUUUCACAAAUGGUUUUAUUUUAGAUACUAAGUUAAAAUGUAGAAGAUCCUUAUUAAAUAAGUUUAACAUAAAUACUGCUAAAUAUUUGAAUAAACUGUAUUUGUGGAGUUACACUUAAAAUUCAAUAUUGUGUACAACAGUGAUUUGAUAAAAAAGAUUUUAGUGGAUGAACACAUUAAUAUAGUGUUUAUCUAUACCUGUAUUGGGGAUGAACUAUUUUUAACCAAACAUAGUACUGUUUAUAUACAUAAGCAUUUUAAUGUACAGUUUACUUGCAUCAUCCCAAAUAAUGGUUUCUGUUUUCAAAUAUGAAUUUGAGUCUUGUAUAUCGUUGAGUUAUUAAAAGUUAUGUGGAUUGUAUGUUAAGGCUACUGUACUUUGUGGCGGAAUAUUGUCAGACUUUAAUUUACUAGUUCUGUGUGACUGGGGAUGGGUAAUUCCAGUGUUGUUAUUUUAAAAUAAUUUUGAGCCACACCAUGAGAAAACCAACAUAGUGACUUUGUGACCAGCAAAGAUCCAGACCAGACUAUGCGGAUAACGGUUUCUGUUAUUGCAAUAGUCUUUGAAAGCGAACAGCAUGGAUCCUGACCAGACUGCGCAGAUGCGCAGGUAGGUCUGGAUCCAUGCUGGUCGCAAAUGCACUACGUUGGUUUUCUCAUGGUGCGGCUCAUUUGUGAUUUCUGAAGUCUUUUUACAAGAGGAACUUUAUAAAACUUCUGUUCAUUCAUACCUAGUCAUUAUGUACAUAUUAAAUAUAAACAUUCUCAUAUUGAAAACUAGCUGAUUUAUGACAAGUUUUUGUAACAUUGAUUUUCUGUUUCCAUUUUAUAGAUCUGUACAUUCUUGCAUUUUUUGUAUAAGGUUUUUGAUGGAGCAAGCCUUUUUCUUUAUAGUUGUUUUACUUGCAUGCAAGCCUUUUUCUUUAUAGUUGUUUUACUUGCAUGCAAAUAUUUUACAUGUUAAAAUAGUUUCUGUCAUAGUAUUUUAUGUCACAUGAACCCAGGGUUAAACUCCAGCAGCUGGUUGGUUGAUUCCGAGCUCAAUCUCAGAAUUGACCAAUAGCAAAGCUCCAUUUUGAGACAGCUCUGAAUAAACCAAUGGCAAAGCUCCAUUCUGAGACUGGUUCAGAGCUUAGUCUCUUGAAUUGACCAAUGGCAAAGCUCAGUCCUGAGACUGGUUCCGAGCUCAGUCUCUUGAAUUGACCAAUGGCAAAGCUCCAUUCUGAAACUGGUUCCGAGCUCAGUCUCUUGAAUUGAUCAAUGGCAAAGCUAGAUUCUGAGACUGGAUUUUAAAUUUAAUGUUAAAGCCUUGGAACAUGUAUUUCCUGGACUGCAGGUGUUAUACAGUCUAUGGAAUUUUCUAGUUAUUUUCUUCAAUUGUUUAACUUUUUCCAUGUGGUGCAUUAAGUGAUCACUAUAAUACAUGUACAUAGGUUAAAUAAUUCAGCCUUCAAAGACAAGAGAUAUUUGCUUCAGGUCUGUUGCAGCUUAAAAUUGUUCGUCUGAUCGUGAAGAUAACUUUGUUAUCAUGCUUAAAUGGUUAGUCUGAUAGUUUCAAAACGACAUCUGUUGAGUGGAGGAGAAAAAAAAUUGAACUGUUCCACAGAUAAUCAAUAGAAAUAUUACAAUACCUGUUUUCUUACAUCAGAGAAUUGUUCUCAAAACUGUUACAUAUGUAGCUGGCAGAAAAAUUCUGUCAGAGAAGUAUAUGUAAUGUUGUCCUCAAAGUUUACUUUAUGACAGGAUCUGUUACUCUAGUGUUUGUAUCUUGAAUAAUCGAUGAAAUGAGAUUUUCAAAUUUUGUUACUGCACGAUCAGACAUAAAUGCACAGAUUUUGUCAUGUUUAUGAUGAAAUACUGGUUAAAUUAGGACGAGUGGACUUAUGUCAAAGUUGCAAAGUGUUAUAAUUUUUGUUGUUGAACUGACCUAAACCUAUAGAUUUAUAUCCUGUAUAUAAAAUUAUGUAAUAUUUUGUACAUGUCAAAUCAUUUUACUGCUGUAUAUAUCCUCAACACAAUGUGAACGUGAAGGAAUCAUAUGUGUAAUGUUUUACAUAUUUCAUGAAUAUAUCAAAUUUUUAAAAAAGAUUAAAAAGAUAAAACAUCA